AUUAAUAUGUAUUUACAAUAACGCCUGCUACCCGGGCAGGAAGGAGUUAACAGACCAACCGCUGCAGCCAGCUGACCGACCACGUGACUUUGCGGAAGUAAAAGUAUGAACGGCAUCGACAGAUGAGCGGCUUCCCGCUAGGAUGUCGCGCUGCUUGCUGUUAUUAUUCGUCUUCGGGUGUGUGAGCAGACUGUUCGGGGCCGAGCAAGAGGGGUCUCCGAGCUGCGGCUGUGCGACCCCGAGGAGAGCCGACCCGGACCCCGCGGAGGACGGGACGGCCGCGCCGGACCCGGCUGCCAAGUACUCCAGAGGCGCCGGGGAGAAGCCGUGUGCGGCCCGGGGAGAGGAGGAGAACACACAGAGUCAGAUGGUGCUGAUUUCUGGAGGGGAAUUCCUGAUGGGAACAGACAACCCAGGCAUCCCUGCAGAUGGAGAGAGCCCUCAGAGGCUGGUGCAGGUGGACUCCUUCCACAUGGACGUCCAGGAAGUCACUAACCGGCAGUUCCAGAGCUUCGUCGGUGCCACAGGAUAUGUCACCGAGGCAGAGAAAUUUGGAGACUCGUUUGUGUUUGAGGGAAUUUUGAGUGAGUCAGUCAAAAACCAGAUCACCCAAGCAGUGGCUGCUGCCCCCUGGUGGCUCCCAGUCAAAGGGGCCAACUGGAGGCAGCCGGAGGGUCCAGACUCCAACAACACAGACAGGCUGGACCAUCCUGUUAUACACGUGUCCUGGGCAGAUGCUAAUGCCUACUGCUCCUGGGCCGACAGGAGACUUCCUACAGAGGCAGAAUGGGAGUACGCCUGCAGGAGCGGCCUGAAAGACAGACUCUAUCCAUGGGGAAACAAGUUGAACCCAAAAGGACAACACUACGCCAACCUCUGGCAGGGGGAUUUCCCCAACCAUAACUCUGGAGAGGAUGGAUACGUCAAAACCUCACCAGUGAAGUCCUUUCCUGCCAAUGGCUUUGGUCUGUAUGAUAUGGUGGGGAAUGCAUGGGAAUGGACAUCGGACUGGUGGACUGUGCAUCACACCGCAGUGCAGCAACACAACCCAACAGGUCCUCCUUCUGGCACAGACAAGGUGAAGAAGGGAGGAUCAUAUAUGUGCCACAAGGAUGAAUAAGCCAUGUGAGGGAUGAGAGGACAACGGGCAGGCAUGCUUGUCUUAUUGUUACAGAUACCGAUGUGCGGCCCGUAGCCAGAACUCACCAGACAGCUCGGCCUCUAAUCUUGGUUUUCGCUGUGUCUCUCAGGAGCAACAAUGACCUGACCUGCUUGUCUUCAACACAGGGUCCCUUAUUCCAGCUGCUCUUGAACCACAGUGUUGGACGCAGAGUUAACCCGUGAAAGCAGUAUUUGUAUUUCAAUUGUGAGGCCUUUAUUUGCCCUCACGUCCGUGUGCAUCUGAAGAUGUUUUCUCCGCCAAAAGGCCUCAAAUAACUUGAAGUCAAGAAUCUCUUACACGUAUGCAGAUAUUUGUAGAACCUUUAACAGUUAUCAGACUUUUUAUUAAAUCAAAUAUUUCUCUGUGCACAAGUAGAGGGAGACCUGAAUAAUUUAAGUCACUGUUUCUGCUUGGGUCUGUGCGGUCCUGUUUAUGUGAAAUGACAUUUUAUCUGUUGUCAUUAUCAGCCGAGGACAGCUUGAGAUAAAGACUGUAUUUUAUACAAUUAAUAUGUGUGAGUAUGAAGUUGAGUAGAUUAAUUUGUUUACCCUGUGUGUGAUUCCUCUGCCGGAAAAGGAAAUUUCCUAAAUGACUUUGGAAAUGAAAAGCUAACCAAAGGUUUUGUAAAUUUAUGCUAAUUAAAUGCAAUUAUGCUGAA